UGGAUCAUUAUCUCGUCAUGUGUCAUUCGCCCAGGUCUUGGGAGGGAAGCCGAAGCCCUUAUUCGCGCAAACUUCAUAUCCCAAAUGUGGGGUGUCCAGGACUUUCUUCCUGGUGUGAACAGAUCCCUUUCCUUCGGAUUCACUACAACUACUAUUCUACUUCUACCACUUCUCCUACGGAUGAAUGAACCUUCGCUCCACUCGGACCAUAAUGGCAUUCCUUUGCCGUGUUCCCCACACUCAGCUGUUAAUCCGUACAUAUACACGCGAUGUGUGAUAGAGGAUCGAACGAUCCCAUGCCUGCUUCCUCUUAUAAUCGCAUUCAGGAGUCCAUGGCUGGAGUAUUCUCAAUCUAUUUUCAAAAUUCUGAAACCUUACACGCCCUGCCCCCUUCGUCUCUCUCUAUCUCUUUCAUGGAAACACGACCAGCCCUGCUAGUAAGCCGUAAAGGCCAGACCCGCCAGAGGGUUCGCCGCCAUAGAAGUCUCAAGGAAACUUCACCUCACCUCACCUCACCUCUGAGAGAAGUAUUGAAUUCUUCAUUUCCCAAUUGUUAUGCUCGGUUCUAUCCCUUUCCCUGUUUAUAAGAUAAGGGGAGGUGAUCAUUAUCACAGCAGUAGUCCCUCUUUCUAAGUUCAUUUGCGCCGCUCCGCCGUUCAGUGUCUACGCAGUGCAUGAGGUUUCAGGAUUGGAGUCCAAGAGAUCUUCAAGCUCUGAGAAGAAAUAUUCCACAGAAUAUGUACUGUAUUCAGUAGAAAUUAAAUCAGCACUAGGCUCUGUUUCAGAAAAGGAUUUGAAGAGGAUUUAAGGGAUUAAGAACAUUAGGAAAUCAUUAAAGCUCCAGCCUCUAGAUUAUCCAUUGGUAAAAGACUCUGGGUCUAGGAUGGAAAUUCUUCACCCACAGGCGGCAUUUCUUCAGAAAUGGAACAAAUUAUUUCUGUUGUCACGUGUAAUUGCAGUGUCCUUGGAUCCGUUAUUCUUUUAUAUCCCAGUGGUUGAUGGUCAUGAAAAAUGUCUUGCUUUGGAUAAGAAGUUGGAGAUAACUGCCAGUGUUCUUCGUUCUUUCACCGAUAUUUUCUAUGUACUUCACAUCAUAUUUCAAUUCCGUACUGGCUUCAUUGCUCCUUCUUCUCAAGUAAUUGGAAGAGAUGUUUUGCUUAAAGAUCCAUUUGCCAUAGCAAAACGCUACUUGUCAUCAUACUUGCUACUCGACAUUCUUGCUGUUCUUCCACUCCCACAGGUAGUAAUUUUGAUUGUCAGCCCCAAAUUGAAGGGCUCAAAAUCUUUGAAUACAAAGGACUUGUUGAAGUUUGUUGUUCUGUUCCAAUUUGUGCCAAGGCUUCUUCGAAUCUAUCCACUGUAUGCAGAAGUGACAAGAACUUUAGGCAUACUUACUGAGACUGCAUGGGCUGGAGCUGCUCCUCAUCUCUUUCUUUACAUGCUUACAAGCCAUGUACUUGGGGCCUUUUGGUACUUGUUUUCAAUUGAACGAGAAUAUACAUGCUGGCAAGGAGCUUGUCAGAAGCAACCUGGAUGUGAUAUUCAUCAUAUGUCCUGUGGUGAUAGGAGAAUUGACAUGUCAUUUCUAAACGCUUCUUGUAAUCAUUCAGAUGGGAAUCAUCCAUUUAAUUUUGGAAUAUUCCUUGAUGCUCUUCAGUCUGGUGUGGUGAAUUCAAACAAUUUCUCACAGAGGUUCUUAUACUGCUUUUGGUGGGGCCUGCGCAAUCUGAGUUCUCUUGGGCAAAAUCUGCAAACAAGUACUUUUGUUUGGGAGAUAGCAUUUGCAGUCUUUAUUUCCAUCUUCGGUUUGGUUCUCUUUGGUUCGGUUUUGCAGACAUAUAUGCAGUCCACCACUGUUAGACUAGAAGAGAUGAAACUGAAAAGGAGAGAUGCAGAACAAUGGAUGUCCCACCGUUCGCUACCCAACAACCUGAGGGAGCGUAUCAGGCGGUAUCAACAGUACAACUGGCAAAAAACGGGCGGUGUGGAUGAAGAGAAUCUCCUCUGUAACCUUCCUAAGGACCUCAGAAGGGACAUAAAACGCCAUUUCUGUUUGCCUCUACUCGUGAGAGUGCCAAUGUUCGAAAAAGUGGAUGAACUUUUAUUGGAUGCAAUGUGUGAUCGCCUCAAGCCAGCACUGUACACAGAGCACAGCUACAUUGCCCGUGAGGGGGAUCUAGUUGAUGAGAUGCUCUUCUUCACGAGGGGGAAGCUAAGGAGUGUGACGACAAAUGGUGGAAGGAAUGGUUUCUUCAACUCUGAAUUACUGAGUCCUGGGGACUUCUGUGGAGAAGAGCUGCUGACAUGGGCAUUGGAUCCCCACUCAUCUUCCAACCUCCCCAUCUCAACCAGAACGGUUGAGGCCCUGAGUGAGGUUGAAGCCUUCGCUCUCAAGGUAGAGGACUUGAAGUUUGUGGCUUCCCACUUCCGGCAGCUUCAUAGCAAGGAAGUCCAACACACUUUCAGGUUCUACUCACAGCAGUGGAGGACAUGGGCGGCCUGUUUCAUACAAGCUGCUUGGCGCCGCCACUAUAAGAAGCUAGAAGUGUCUCAACAGGGGUCGUUGCUUGGAGCAAUGGCAAAGGGCUCUUUCCGCCUGCGCAGUGGUGCAGGUUCGAGUCCUGGGAACCAGUCUCUCCAUAAAGGGGGUAAGGCUGUCUACCUAUAUACCCUCCCAGAACCCUGCUUAAGUGCGGGAAGCCUUUGUGCAUUGGGUAAUGGCCUAGAAGUAUCUCUAUGUGUGGAGGAAGAUAGGUUGCAAGAUGCAUUGGCUGGGGGGAGGGAGCUCUCAAAGCCUUGAUGCCACCAUUUAUGCCUCACGGUUCACGAAGGGAGAGUGCCAUAGAGAUUGGCCAUAUAAUUAUUGAUCUUAUUAUAUAUAUGGCCAUAUGGGUAAGGGAAUACUACCAUCUUGCGCUGCCACUGUGCCGGUGCACAGACCAAUGGGAGGUCGUGCAGAGGUAUCUUAAGCGCAUGGGGCGGGGGGCAGCACAGUCUUUUCAUGGCACUUGUGUCUAGGCGUAGACACACUCAAGCAGGUAUUUCUAUGAGAGUUUUCUGUCUGGGAGCAUGGUCCUUGUGCCAGUGUGAGGACCGUUGGGAGUCCACAUAAAAACAUCAAUAAGGGUGAGAUUUCCAUCUUUCAUUGGGGGUAGGGUGUAGACGUAGAGGCAACACUCCCAAACAAAGUUCUUUUCCCAUGUUUCUAUUUUUAUUUUGUAUACUGUUGGAAUUUUUAGAUGGUUUUAAAAUUAAAGAUUCAAAAUAUUAUUUUAUUUUUGAUAUAAGGUUGUGUUGGAGGGCUAGGUAUUUUCCUAAUAGAUAUAUCAACAAACAUGUCUUGUAGGAAAAGACAUGGAUUGUGGACAUAUGUUUUUGAAGAUAACCUUUGGUGGUGUUUUUUCUUCCUUUCUAUAUAGGGAGGGGGUCUAGUCAAUUUCUCUAAUGAUAACAAGACAAUCUCAGGGUCAGCUUUUUACUUGGCUUCUCUAUUGUUGUUUUAGUGUCCAAUUGAGCACAACUCUAAAGUAUCCUAAUGUGGCCUAGUAAGUGAGUACAACUGAAAGGGCCUAUGGGGUUAUUUUAUGUUGAGGCUGAUUUGCAAUAACCUGAUUUGCAGCAUAGGACGAUGUCUAUACUCUUCAGAAAAGUGACCAGUGGCACAACUCAACCCCAUUGAUUCCCUAAGAUUCUCAUUUGUGACGCCAUUUAUGGUGUGUUUACUGCCAUCAACUUUGGGUUUGUCCAUGACCCAGAUAAGUUAUCUAUCCCCUUGUUAUAUGUGUUAUGAUGUAUGUUUGGAUUAAUAUACUUCAAUUAACAUGAGAGGUAAAGCUCUUAAUUUUUUUUUU